AGUGUCGCAUUAAAAGUUAUUCACAAGUAUCGCGCACAUGAUUGCAAAAUAUAUCUGAGCGUAACACCUGAUCCAACAACAUGGGAAAUUUAUGACGUAGAGGUUGAAGGAUUUUAUGGAACUGUGCAACUGGCAAGAAAAAAAGCCGAAAACAGCAACUGCACUUCUACUGAAGAGAAUGUUUUUCGUGGGAAAGGUCAGCGAAAAAAAAAAAAGAAAGGUUUUGACCAGCGACAACAAUGAAAGUUCUGAAGAUUUAGAAUCAAAAUGUUAUAAGCCUCCUCCACAAUUAAAUAAGAAAAGCAAUGUGAUUAAGCAAAAUUACAAAAUUUCAACACUUAAUGUAUCACAUGACAAGCUACCGGACUCUAUUCUGUCUUCUUCAACAACAGAUAUUUGCAAUGGAGAAUUUUCUUGUACAGAUGUACUAGUUAAUGAAAACAAUCAGAAUAGCAAUGUCAUAACAUUGAACGAGAUUCCUGUUGUAAUAGCGUCUAAUUCAACAUAUACACCACCAGCUUUUGAAAUAGAAGAACCAAUUCGUCCAAAUAGAGAAGUUACCUCUGGUAUUCAAAAACCAGUCACGGAUGCCAGCUCAAAUACCUACAACAAAGUACAAAGAAUUCUACAAGAAUGUACGUUAAUAAAAAUGUACGUAAAAAGUAUUGAUAUCCGACUGAAAUGUCUCGAGAAUAGAAAGAAAAAAAAUGAUUCCGAUGGAGAGGAAGUACAAAUAAUACAAGAUCAAUUGCCUAUAAAAAUAAUUGAUCAAUUGAUUCAUUUUGAUCAAUCUAUGGAAAACGAGAAUGUUAAAAAAGCAUUUAUAAUGUAUGUCAAACGUAUUGGUGGUGCAAACGGAACAGACAACGUAAAAGCAAUAUUCAAAAGAAUUUUUACAAAUCACCUUGGUACAAAGUGCAGUUGGUUAGGCCAACGAAACAAUUUCAAGAUUUGUGAUCUUUCACUAAUAACAGUAAUUCAAAAUGCAGUAUUGUCAACGCAUUACAAUUUUCAAGAAAUACAUUUUCAAAAGGCAGCGAGUGAAUGGUUCCGUCUUAGCAAAUUAAGGCUUUCAAGAGAACAAAAAUAUAGACAUGAAGCAGACGCAAGUGAUAACAAAGAAAAUUAA